UCAGACGUACAAGACUAACCUCUAGCUGGGGCUCUCCAACCGUUUCCCGCCGUUUACACACCCGCCGAUCGGCCAGUAGAGAAGCAACACUAGCUGUCUGUCGAAGGGGAAACAAAUAAAUCCACCAUCAACGCCCUCUCACCUCACCGUUGAAACCAUGGCGGCACCCCAGGGGGAUUACCACCCCUUCCAAGAGCAACAGCCCUUCACAGACGGCCAAUUCGACCUCUUCGACUGGUACCCCUACUUCCAAUCCUGCGUGCGCUACUUCCUCGAGCACGCCCAGUACAACGGCCCCGUCCAAGCCCUCGCCGCCUUCAUCAACAUCCAACUGCCCUUCCAAAAAGCCCAGAACCAAGCCGCCCUCCUCCACGCCAACCCCCGAGCCCCCCCACCACCACCACCGCCACCAGCAAUCGGACCGGCCGCCGGCCCGGUCUCGCUGCACCCCUACAUACGGCGGCUCGUCGCCACGGGCUUCGACAUCCCGGCCGUGCUGCACGGCUUCUUCGGCGACGACUGGGAGCUGGGCCUGCGGCCGCUGCACGAGCAGGAGCGGCGCAACUUUUUGUUUGCCGCCAAGAGUGCGUCGUGGUUGGAGGUCAAGGGUGCUUAUGACAUGCCGCCGGAUGAGUCGCUGCCGUUCUUGAAGCCGCUGCGCAAUGUGACCGAGGCGGAGAUCGUGAAUGCUGAGGCCGGGUGGAGUGAGUGGUUGGCGAUGCAGGAUUGGAUGCUUGGGCCGAGGUCGGUUGAGGUUAGGGGUGGUGAGGCGGGACCGUCGAGAUCGGGGUCGGGCGGUGGGGUGAGGAUCAAGAGGGAGGAGGAGUGAAAGAGGUGGGCUGUGUGGGAUGGGAGGUGGUGUGGUUGUGGUUGUUGGGACUGUUGGGGAUCAGGCGUCCGGGCUGGAUACCGUCAUACCUGUGGGAUUGGGAAUAGGGGGCAAAGGUGUGCAGCAUUACAUGUUUUGGGAGGUUGGUUUUUGAGGGAGGUCUUUUGUUUCAGCGGGCGUGGUUUCUAUG